UCUUUUUUACUUCCUAUAUGCUCAGUGCUUUUAAAUUUACUUCUUGAAGGUGCAUAGAUUUUGCAUUGCUUGUGCUCGAUUGUUUCUAGAUUGUAGCAUUAUAGUUCAUCUGAACUUUUGCCAACAAUGUGAACCUUUUGUUUCCUCUGAAUGUUUUCUGGCUGUGCAAAUCAUACGUACUAAAACUAAUUUGGAUAUGGGAGAGCUACAGCCAAAAAAUCUGAAAAAUAAGUUGGAAGAGGUGUCUCCCCUUUCCCCCCAGUGUUGUAUCUACAGGGUUCCAAAGAGACUACGUGAUGUGAAUGAGAAGGCAUACACACCUCAGGUGGUCUCAAUAGGCCCGCUUCACCAUGGUAGAGAAGGCCUAGAAGCCAUGGAAGAUCACAAAAUACGGUAUGUGAAGGACUUUCUGGAAAGGACCAAGGUAAGCAUGGAGGAAUGUUUGAAAACCUUGAAAAAGUGGGAAACAAAAAUCCGUGCUUGUUAUGCAGUAAAAAUUGAAUACAAUGAAACUGAGCUUGUGGAAAUGGUUCUUGUAGAUUCCAUUUUCACCUUUGAGCUCCUGCUGAGGUUUUCUUACCCAACACUGCAAGAGGAAAAGGUUGACCGUUUAUUCGGAAAACCAUGGAUGCUAAGGGACAUAACAUAUGACAUGUUAUUGCUUGAAAAUCAGAUCCCAUUCUUCAUUCUUGAGUAUCUUUAUUCCUUAGCCCUUGCCAGUAAUACCAUUCCUCUGCAACAUAAUAUGGUGCUUUCUAUGUCUGAGCUUACCCACCGGUUCUUGCAGAAUAGGGUAUACAUAAGGCCAUUUGAAGAAAUGAAGGAGAAAAUCAAGCAUGAAGGAACAAAACAUUUUGUUGAUUUUGUCCUCACAUGUCAUCGACCUUUAGAGCUUCCCAACAAGAAGAGACUCAAGACUUUAACCAUACCAAGUGCAACAGAAUUAUACCAGUCCGGAGUUAAAUUUGAGAAUGUCAAUGACAAAAACAUAUUUGACAUAAAAUUUGAGAAUGGGGUCCUGAAAAUUCCACACUUGAGAAUCCGAGGGUCAACAGAAAUUUUCUUUCGGAAUCUCAUUGCCUACGAGCAGUGUGAGCUCCAUGAUCACUACAUCAACGAUUAUGUGUUCAUCAUUGACCGCCUGGUUGACAGUUCCAAGGAUGUGGACUUGCUUGUUAAGAGUGGAAUCCUUGAAUCCAAGCUACCGGAUAGUGAAGCAGCGGCAAGUUAUAUCAACUCCCUUGACUUGGGGCCUAUUCUGUUCAGUAGAAACUUCUAUUUUACUGAUCUCUGUGAGGAUCUGAAUGCAUACUAUAGAGUCCCCUGGCACAAGUGGAAGGCAAGCUUGAAACAGGACUAUUUUAGUACUCCAUGGGCUGGACUGUCUAUUGUUGUAGCGGCUAUUCUCGUUGUGCUCACUUUAAUUCAAACAGUGUGCUCUAUAAUGUCUUUGUAGAUUGUAUUUCUGAUCAAGUUUGAUGUUUAUGCACUUCAGAUUUGUUGUUCAUGUACUGAUGUAAGAUAACUAAGAGUGAUUGCUUUGUUUGUGUGCUCUUAUUACUCAUUUCCCUUCAUGGAAUAUAAACUUUAUAGAUGUAAUAUAUUAUUAUGUUUACUAUGCCUGUCACAUAGUUAUUCUCAGAUGUAAAUAAUAGACCUGCUCCAACGUAAUAAUAUUGAUACCAGUUGAGGU